CCGUCCGUCCAAGAAGGGAAAGAUCAGAUACUACUACUUUCUCCGAACCGACUCAGAUCUAUCACUCACUCACCCACCCACCACACCCCCUUAUUCGCAGCGCGAUCGCUUCUCGCAGCGCGCGCCAUGGCGGGACGAGAAGCCGCCGGAGCCGGAGGAGGCGACGACGAGCUGACGCUCCUGGGCGUGUGGACGAGCCCGUUCGUGAUCAGGGCGCGCGCCGCGCUCAACCUCAAGGGCCUCGCCUACCUCUACCUCGAGGACGACCUCACCACCAAGAGCGAGCUCCUCCUCGCCUCCAACCCCGCGCACGGGAAGGUCCCGGUGCUCCUCCACAGCGGCAGGCCCGUCUGCGAGUCCCGCCUCAUCCUGGAGUACCUCGACGAGGCGUUCCCGGCCCGCGGCCCGCGCCUCCUCCCCGCCGGCGACCCCUACGCCCGCGCCGCUGCUCGAUUCUGGGCCUCCUACGUCGACGACAAGCAACUUUAUUACAACCAGAUGGCGGACCGGCCGGAUUAUGGUUGCCGUGCUCGCAGCUGUUCAGCACGUGGAUACCCGUCUACAUCGGCCCGACGAGGGAGGUGUUGGCGAUAUGUCCAAGAGCUCAUCAUCACAAUACGAUUUAAAGGCCCAAGAGGAUAUUGAUUCAAGAGAGAUUAGAGUUACUAAUGGGCCUAUGAGA